AUGGGGCUGAAGCCGAUUAUCCCCAAAAGAGUCUUUGCUAUGAGCGGAGUAGAAGUCUCACAGUCUGAAGAGCUAAUCAGAGGUAAAUGCAUUAUUAAAGGUCAAUUGUUGGAUGUGUUGUUUGAUUCGGGUGCUACGCACUCCUUUGUUUAUGUGAAAUGUGUGAAGAAUCUGGGAUUGCAUGUGACUGAAUUGCCAUGCAAUGUUGUGGGACUUCGAGGUAGACUUGAUUUAUUUGCCUCUCUCCCAAUUAGACGUGAUUUUGGAGAUGGAUUGGCUAGCUGCCAACCAUGUGCUGUUGGAGAGAAGACAUUGGUUUUUGGUGCGAUAAUGACAGAGAUUUCAAGGCUUUUGAGCCAAAGUACAUGGGAGAACACGGUGAGUGCUAAGGCCUUCAUGGUCAUGUUCUCAAUGGAGGCCGAAAAUGUGGUGGAGUCGAAGUAUAUCAUAGUAGUGAGGAAUUUCUUAGAAGUUUUCCCUGAAGAUGUCUCAAAAUUACCGCUCGAGCGGGAGAUAGAGUUCUCCAUUGACCUCAUUCCGAGAGCAAGCUCGAUUUCUGUGGCACCAUAUAGGAUGUCACCAGUGGAGUUGGAAAAGGUCAAGAAGUAA